CUAAGUGGUUCCAAGUAGUAACAGACAGAACAAAGUGAAUUACCAAGUAAAAUAAAAUAGAACACACAAGUCUAAGAAACUGAAUACAGUUAAAAACCUCAUGCAGCUUCCUUUUACAGACUAGUCUCCUUAUAGUCUGGGUCCAGCAAUCACUCACACCCCUGCAGUCACUGUCCUUUGUUCCAGUUUCUUUCAGGUAUUCUUUGGGGUGGAGAGGCUUUCUCUUUAGCCAGCUGAAGUCAAAAUGCAGGGGUCUCCUACAGGCUUGAACUGACUUUCUCUUGGGGGGGGGACAGGGGGAGACUCCAUCCUCUCUCCUAUGCAAAGUCCAGCUCCAAGAUGGAGUUUUGGAGUCAUGUGGGCAAGUCACAUGUCCAUGCAUGACUGAGUUUCUUACCAGCCAAGCCACAUUCCUGGGAAAACUCUGAUUGGAUUGGCAUCUUUGAGUUCAUUGUUGGCCUAAAUGGUUCUUGAUUGGGCAUUUAAUUUGCACAUUCCUUUCUCAACAGAAAUCAAGCAAGUAUACAGCCAAUAUUCCUAACUUUAAGUACAAAAAUGAUACAUACGUACAAAGAUUAAUAGAUUCAGUAGAUCAUAACCUUUACAGAGAUAUGUCACAUGGCAUAUGUAGCAUAAAAAUAUUCUAGUUAUGUCAUAUAUACAUUCAUAAGUAUAUCCCAUAAAGCCUUAUGGGAGGCACCAUUACAAUAUUUCACUGGUAGGGAAACUGAGGCACAGAAAGGUGAAGUAACUUACCCAAGGCAGAGUCAGGAAUAGAUACCAGGAGUUCUGGCACCAAUUCCUUUAGAUUAGCCACAAAACUACCUUUCCUUUAUAUUUCCCUACAGUGUUUCUUCCUUUUUCUCUCUGUCUCAGUCUCUCCUGUCACUUUUUAUUCUCUGCCAUUGUCUCUCUUUCUCUGCCUGUCACCUGGUCUUUCUUUCCCCUCCUUCACUGGUCCCCUCCCACUGCAGUCCUUUGCCAGCCCUGUAGUUCUCUCUGCUCUGUCUCCUUCUCCAAAUCUCUGCAUCCUGUUUCUCCACUCAUCUCCAUCUACUGUUGUUCCCUCCUCAAGUGUUAAUUCUCUUUACCAGAUAUGCAUAUGGAACUCCCAUCAGCCCUCCCUAUGAUGAGCAAAGGGGGUGAUGAGAGUGUGUGGGGCAACCAGUGCCUAUGGUCUCCUUCUCCCCCGUCUCUAACUCAUUGCCAUAGUAAGCUGGGAGAAGCGGAUGGAGGAAGAGGAAGCAGCCUUGGUUGCCUGCUCAACCCAAGUAUCUAUUGGGUUUCUGGGCUGCUCAACCCAAGUAGCCCCUUGUCAGUGGGAGGAGAAGCUACAGGGGGAAUCUUGCUCACACCAGACAGCCCUGCUAAAGAGGGACACCUCGGAUGAGAGGAGUUUUCAGGAUGAAAUAGCUGAGAUCUGGAGAAGAGGACAGGGGUCCUGAGGUCUGUCAAGGACUCCAGUGACUGUCAUGCAGUCAUGUCAUCAGGCAUUCUACCAGUGACAAAGUUAGGUAGAGCUACCAUUGCUUUGUGGUAUAUUCAUACAGGGGCUAUUAAAGCAUUGGCCUAAAAUAUUAGGGUGAAAUAUGCCCCAGGUCUCUUACACUGAGCUCCACUUACAUUAGAUUCCCUUCUGAGGGAGCUGGCCUGUCUUUUGGGGCAGAUGAAAGGUGCUGCAAACAUAAGCAUCAGAAAGGAAUGCUAGACAAAAGGUGAAAAUAGCAGACUUCUUGUACAAAGUAGUGGCAAUUCUCCAGAACACCUCUGGCCUGACUUUGACUGAAGGAGACAGAACUCAUGGUGGGAUAACUUAAGGGACUGCAUCUUCAUCAUCAGAAAAAAGUUAACACAACAGGAAGAGGGUGAAAUCCUGGCCCCAGAAAAAUUAGAUUUGGCAAGAUUUCCAUUGACUUCACUGGGACCAGGAUUUCACCCCAGAAAGGGGUCUCAAAAGUACAUGAACAUUCUCAGUAACAGAGGCUGCUUAAAUGCAUCUGGUGCAUUGCUGGUCUAUCAAGCAUUGAUUAAAUAGUGCCUUUUAAAUGUAAGCUGUGGGUAAACUUAACCACAAAAACCAAACAGACCCUUCCCCCAACAUUUAAGGCAAACAUUCCUGCUUAUAUCUAAGGUAAACAAAGGAAACCACAAUAUUAAAAACAACUAACUUAUUGAUAUUAUAUUAACUGAUAGAUUGAAGCCUAGACAUUCCUUUUAAAUGUUUUUAAAUAAGAUUGAGAAACACCCUCAAACUUUGUUGCAUUAAAAACAUAGUUCUAAAUCUGACGCAAGCCGCAUUCCUUUCAACCUUAUUUUUCAGCCAGUUAGGAGCCCCUCUGGAUUUCAAAGCGCACUUUGCUCCGGCAGAGCUUUUAAAAAACCACAAGACACUGAUCCUGCCAUGAACUUCACUUGAGUAGACCCCCCCUCCCUUGAAGUCUGCAGGGCUCAGCAAUCCUGCCACUUGGAGCACAUUGCAGGAUCAGAGCUUACACCACAUUUUAAUUAACCUUCAUACAAGAGGGGGGGGGCAGGGUGAUUUGAUUGUGUCACCCUCUGGGUUUGUCAGACAUCAGGCGCUGCUGUAAAAUGCACCUGUUUCCCCAGGCUUGUGGUAUCUAGGUUAAUAGACAGCGCCCAUCACCAUGGGCUCUGAGAGCAUUUCAGAGGACCCGAAAGGGGGAUUCUGUGUUGGGGAGGGUGGAUGAGGAGGGAGUGUUGUUAUUGUUAUUUCUAUUCCCCUAGCACCCAAGGGCCAGUCUGGGAGCUCCGCAGGGGCAGGUUUGCUCAGGCCUGGGGGAGCUGGGGGCUGGACGGCCAAGCCUGCUCCCCUCCUGCCCAGCGGAGAGAAGGAAGCCACAGGGGAACCGAGCAAGCAGCUUUUCCAACUCCGGCCCGCCUGCUCCCAACCGGCUCAGCCCUUCCUAGCAGCGACUUUCCCCCGGUCCCUAACGGUCUUCCAGCCUGGCUCAGCACUUUGCUCACACUCCCUUGCGCUGCGAUGUGCGCCCCCCGGCUGCUGUGUGCGCGGUGCAAGGGGCUGGCGGCCCCACUUCCACUCCGGCCGAGGCGAAGUGUAAGGCAUAUUCAGCAGAACCUGGUCUAGCCUAAGAAUUUGCCUAGCAAGUCCAGAAGCACAAGAUGACAGACGAGCCCAUUAAAGAGAUGCUGGGAGCUCCAAAGCAUCCUGAACCUGUAACGAUGGAGAAGAGCAAUAACAAUGACUGCGUGGUAACCACUGUCCCCUUGGUCAGUGAGUGCCAGCUGACUGCAGCAACCGGAGGAGCGGAGCUGUCCUGUUACCGUUGCACUAUCCCCUUUGGUGUGGUCAUUCUUAUAGCUGGAGUGGUGGUCACCGCUGUGGCUUACAGCUUCAAUUCCCACGGCUCAAUCAUCUCAGUGUUUGGACUGGUCCUCUUGUCAUCUGGACUCCUCUUGCUGGCUUCUAGUGCCUUGUGCUGGAAAAUCAGGCAACAGCACAAGAAAGCCAAAAGGCGGGAGAGUCAGACAGCGCUUGUGGCGAAUCAGAGAAGCUUAUUUGGUUAGAGACUACCAGGAAAACCACGAACAGACGAGAGCUCCCUUGUGACCUAAACUACCUCAGAUUUCCACUGCAACUUCAGCACCCACUGCCAUCUAUUAAACUCUCUCUAGAACAUUCCCACAGUAUCAUCAACUUUCUGGACACCACAAUCAGCUUCAACAAUGGAACCUUACAGAGGACUAUAUACAAGAAAUCUAUGGAUCACCACCCCUCCCUUCACAGAUCCAAUGACUACCCCAAACACACCAAUAAAUCUGUUAUCUCUAGCCAGGCAGUCAGAUACCAUAGAAUAUGCUCUGAGGAGAAAGUCCAGGACAUACACUUUAAUACACAAAACCACCUUCACCAAACAAGGACACUCCACCAGAAAAGUAGAUCACAUCAUAGAAUGGGCCACCCAAAUAGCCUGAGAGGACCUGUUUCAAUAUGGAAAUAAAACUCCCCUCCAGCCACACACCCCUAGUUGUCACCUACUAUCUCACAGUAGGGGGAAGGGAUAGCUCAGUGGUUUGUGCAUUGGCCUAUUAAACCCAGGGUUGUGAGUUCAAUCCUUGAAGGGGGGCUACUUAGAGAUCUGGGAAAAAAAUCAGUACUUGGUCGUGCUAGUGAGAGCAGGGGGCUGGACCUGAUGACCUUUCAGGGUCCCUUCCAGUUCUAUUAGGUAGGUAUACUGGAACCCCUACAGGGUAUAAUUACAGCCAUAGGCACAAUUUUUUCCCAGCACUGGUGGGUGCUCGCACCCUCCUGGCACACCCAGGGCCAGUGCUACCAUUUAGGCAGCCUAGGCAAUUGCCUAGGGCACCAGGAUUAUUCAAGGGGUGGCAUUUUGCCAGGGGGGCAGCAGGCAGCUCGGGUGGAGCUGCUGCAGUCAUGCCUGCGGACGGUCGGCUGCUUGUGUGGCUCCGGCGGACCGCCCGCAGGCACGACUGCGGCAGCUCCACCAGAGCCACGGACCAACGGACCCUCCGCAGGAAUGACUGCGGUAGCUCCACUGGAGCUGCGGGAUCAGCGCAGGGGGCGGCGAAAUGGCCGUGUGCCUAGGGCGUGAGAAACCCUAGCGCCAGUCCUGGGCACACCCCAACUCCACCCCUGCCCUGCUCCCAUUCCAACCCCUUCCCCAAAGUGCCUGCCCCAACUCCACCCCCUCCCUGCCCCUAUUGGACUCCUUCCCCAGAUCCCCACCCCAGCCCUACCUCUUCCCCAAGUGAGCCAUGUUCCUCCUACUACUCCCUCCCUCCCAGCAUUUGCUGCCGCAAAACAGUUGUUUCACGGCAAGAAGAGCUGGGAGUUAGAGGGAGAAGCAACGCGCUUGGGGAGGAGGCGGUGGAGUGGAGGCGAAGGUGAGCUGGGUCAAGGAGCUGCUGUUUGGUGCUCAGCACCCACCAAUUUUUCCCCAUGAGUGCUCCAGCCCCAGAGCACCCACGGAGUCAGCGCCUAUGAUUACAGCCCAUGCUUGAUAGAGACCACAUCCUGAAAUAAAUCAUUCUUGCACCCCUCUUCUGGCCUUUAAAUAACCCCUCAACUUCUCUAAGCUCAUCAUCAGAAGCAAGCUCUCCACAGACCAGGACACACCAACUCAAAGCAACACCAGACGCUACCAGACAGAUGAAAAAUGUAUAGACAUAUCUUCACUUCUACGAUGAUCAACACCCACCACAACUCAAAUUUCAAGAUCCCUGGGUCCUACACAUGCCUAUCACAACAUGUGGCAUACCUCACCCGAUGCACUAAAUUCCCUAACAACAACUGUGUGGGUGAAACGAGACAAUCAAUACGCUCUCGGGUCAACUCAUGCAGAAAAAUGAUAAAUGACAAAAACACCAUAUUACCUGUGGGUGAACACUUUUCACAAAGCAAUCACUCUAUAUCUGACUUAUCAGUCCUCAUCCUCAAAGGAAACCUGCACAAAACUUUCAAAAGAGAAGCCUGAGAGCUUAAGUUCAUAACUUUGCCAGACAUUAAAAACUGUGGUCUUAAUAAAAACACUGGAUUUAUGGUUUAUUACAACAAUCUAUAAUUCACUAAACAUCCCAUCUCACUUUUUUCUUUCUUUCCUUUCCCCCUAAAUGGAGAGAUGUUAACUGGCUACUUCAUCUUGAACUGUCUUUUGAAAUGUGUGUUAAAUACUUAUGCUCAACUAUUUGUUCCACCUUGUAUUUAGCUGUGACAAGAAUACACUUCCCAGGCCUGAAGAAUUUUGUAAGCAUGAAAGCUUGUCUCUCUCCCCAACAGAAGCUGGUCCAAUAAAACAUA